UUCCUCAUUUUAAUUCAUAUCACGUUCUUGUAUAUUUUUCUAAAAGAGUCUCCCAUUAGCUAGUGUAUGUUUGAUUUUGACCGAAAGUCGGUUGUUGAACAAGAAGGAAAUUUUUCUUGAAGAACUUGCCCUCAUGAAGACACCUUAAUUGUUUUCUUCUUUUCUUUCUUCUUUUUAUUACUUGACAUAUGGUUAGAUAAAUUGGAGUUCUAGACUAUGUGUGGCAGAGUUAGAUCUGUAAGUAUUACUUUGGAGAUGGGAGUACAACUUCUAUAUGGUAAGGGUGUCCAAGUUCUUUCUAACAAUUUUAAAGGAGAAAAGGAAAAAAAGCAUUUACUUCCCUAGUGCUUUGCUAUCCUUUGAACCAACAUAUAAUUGAAAUGUAACUAGACCUUACAUGUGGUUGACUGUUUUGUUAGCACCGCUGUGUAAUGCAAUGGUUUGAUUAUUCUAGAAAACGUUUCCUAGAAGACUAGAAAUCUACUUUUAACUCUUUCGGGUCACUUAAUGUUUCUCAUGAGGUGUGAUUUCAUUUAUUCUGAAACCAUAUUUGUAACAAUUAGCUCAAUUAUGUCGAUAGUUAUUACAAGGGAAGUACUUGGUAAAAUAUCCACUAUGUAUGGAAAUUUUAUGGUGCUAACAGUUGUGCUAAACAUGUUUAUCUACAGAUUCCAGGAUGCGCUCAACAUAUGUUCAUUAGUGUGUAGUGCUUCAAUGGAAUCUCUUGUUUCUGAAACAAGGACUCCUAUCAGGAUUGGGGACCGAUCAACCAGUGAUGUUGUUGUGAGGAUACGGACACAGGAAGGGCGGGAUGAUUGGUUUUAUUGUCACUCGCAGGUCCUCAUAGAAAAGAGCAAGUAUUUCGCUGAUCGCCUCUCUGAAAAUUGGCCAACAUGUCAGAUUCUUGACUCACGCAACUGCGUUGAGGUAUACUGCCAAGAAUCAGAAUUUGACCACCAUGUCAGUGUCCUCCGCCUUCUCUACAAUGUAAUAGAUGGCUUCGUUGAUGACAUGUGGCAUGGUGUUAAAAAUGCCCUUGGAAUUCUUCAGGUAGCUGUCAAUCUUGGAUGCCCACAAAUCAUAACUGCUUGUGUGGACUACUUGGAAGCAGUCCCCUGGGAAGAGUCUGAGGAGGAGGAGAUUUUAAAAAUCAUACCACGGCUCGGAACACAAGUGGAGCCAAUUCUUGCCCGUCUCCUACCAGUCAAACAAUCAGCCAUAAUGGGAAUUUUUUUCUCAACCAUCCGAUUUGCCACAUCUUCCCCUCCUCCAAUCAUGAAUGAUCUCAAGUCUUCAGCCCAGGAACAGCUUGAGUACAUGCUAACCGAAGAUGAUGAUGCCCCUCUCUUAGCAGCUGAUGACGAGAUAAAAUCUGAGGUGAAAGAUUGUGUGAAGAGACUAUUUGAAAGAUUUAAUAAUCUAUUAGAAGCUUUAUUAUGUGAGAUGGAAUUAUUUUCUGACGGAGGGAAGAUGCAAUCAUUUCAAUCACUUUUAUCAGAUCUGUCAUGGGCAUGUCAGAUAUUAUGUAAGUUGGAAAUUAUGAGGGAACUUGUCUGCAACUGGACGGAUGCAUCAGAUAAAAUAGUUAAGGUUGUAAAGGAAGCAAGCCCAACAGCUGAAUUGAUUGAGACAAAGCUGAGGGUUAUUGAGGUGGCGGCAAAGAUUCUAGAGGCAAUAGGUUACGGUACGGUCAUUUUGCCAAGUGCAAAACGGCUUCAUAUGGUGAAGGUGUGGCUUCCUUUUGUUCGGGUUGCGAAACCACUGAUCGAUUCUGUCACAACUGCCCGUGAUGAUGCUCCAACACUGAAAAUGGAUAGUGAGCUGUGGCAAUCCCUAGAAUCCACAUUUGUUUCCGUAAUUCUUGCACUUCCAUCAGCGGAGCAGGCGGAGAUAUUGAGCGAAUGGUUGGGAAAUGAGCAUAUUCAAUAUCCUGACCUAACUGAGGCAUUUGAGGUAUGGUGUUACAGAUCCAAGGUAUCCAAAAGAAGACUAUCAUUUCUAGCGGUGAACCAUGACAAGAUCAAUACAUAUUAAGUCAUUAACCUCUUCUCUUGACCCUUUUAAACCGUUUUAGUAGCUAUUCACACACCCUUUCCUUAACCAAUGUAUUUUGCAGAAACCUGGGGAGAAAGGAGGAUGAUUAUGAGAAGUAGACACCAUAUUUGAAUUAGUAGCCCUAUUUUGAACUUGUUCCAUGUAGAUUGUGCAUCUAGGGUUUCAUAUGUCUUUUGGAUUUGGUCUUGUAACUCCUGAUUAAUUGUAAAAAA